UCUAAAACCCAGUUUGUUAAAAAAUCUUGAAGAUUUUGAAGAGUGGAAACAAAUAAAUACAAUAGAUUUACCAGUUAAAGAAAUAAUGUUCAGUCAAAAAGAGGUUAAACUUUGGUUAGACGAAGAAAGAUUGAGCCUAAUAAAUAAAUCAACUUUUACUCAUAAUAUCCUAUCUUCUAUUGUUAAUUUUAUUUCUCCAAAUAUUUUUAAACGUUGGGAUCAAGCUCAAAGUCUUUCAGCCAAAGAUCGUGGAGUUCGAAAAUUUGGUGAUGUGAUUGGAUACUUUACUGGUAGUGAUAAAAUUUUGUAUGAAAUUUUUUUUGUUAAAGUGUCAUAUGGGCCAUUUCAUAAGGAUUCUGAACCCCACAUAGAUGAAGAUAAAAUAAAAUUAG